AUGGCUGGACUGAUGAGCGAUCCUGCAAUGAUGCAGGCGCUCAUGGGCGGCAUGGGUGGCAUGGGCGGCAUGGGAGGCCCCGGCUACGGGGCCGGGGCGCCAGGCGCCACCCCGGGCGCCACCCCGGGCGCCACCCCGGGUGCGAGCCCCAGCACGUAUGGACCCAAACAUGGCCGGGUGGCCAAAGGGGUUUCUGCGCAGUUUGCGGAGGUUGUAAAGGAUUGCAGGGAGCGCAAGGAGCGGUGUUGGAAGUGUUGGGAACGCGCCGGGCCAUACCUGAAGUUUGACGUCUUGUUGGGCUCAUGA